AUGCCAGUGCAACAGCAACCUCCUCAACAAUCAGAAUGGGAAAAGGCCUUUGCACAACUAUCCAAGACCACAUCAGACUACAUUCAAAGUUCCAAUAAUUUCAGAGAAGACACUUCAGCCUUUAUGCAAGAGACAAGGGCCUCAUUCCGGAAUCAAGAAGCUUCUAUCCGGAAUCUUGAAACUCAGAUUGGCCAGCUAUCAAAGCAGUUCACUGAAAGAGUUCAAAGAACUUUUCCAGGUAACACUAUUCCAAAUCCAAGUAGGGAACACUGCAAUGCGAGUACUACUAUGAGUGAGAAAGCCAUUGAACCUGUGGUAAAGCCUUCAGUUGAGAAAAAGAAAGAUGAUGAUCUUGCAACUGAAAAGGAAAAAGAAAAGGAAGUUGCCAAAGAAUUUGCUGCAGAGAAAACUAUUCCUGAGAAGAAAGAGUUCAAAUGGGAGAAAAAGAAAGCUCAAGAAAGGCAAGAAAAGCCAUUGGAGCUCUCACCUUAUGCAAAGAUUCCAUAUCCGCAGAGGUUCAGAGAGGAAAUCAAAAAGCAGCAGUAUUCCAAGUUCCUUUACAUUUUCAAGAAGCUGCAAAUCAAUAUCUUGUUUACUGAAGCCUUGGAGAACAUGCCCAAUUACGCAAAGUUCAUGAAAGAUCUUCUAUCACGAAAGCGUAAGCUACAAGAAUGUGAGACGGUGACGCUAACAGAGGAAUGCAGUGCCAUUAUCCAGAAAAAGUUGCCUCCAAAGCUUAAAGAUCCAGGAAGAUUCAGCAUUCCAUGCAACAUAGGCAAUAUGGAAGUGAAAAAUGUUCUAUGUGAUCUCGGUGCCAGCAUCAACGUGAUGCCACUAUUUAUGAUGAAGAAACUGGGGAUCACUGAAGUAAGGCCAACCAAGACAAUAGUUCAACUGGCUGACCGCUCUACAAAGCAAGCUUAUGGCAUUAUUGAGGACAUACUGGUAAAGGUUGACAAAUUCAUCAUUCCUGUUGAUUUUGUCAUCCUUGAUAUAGAGGAAAAUUCUACUAUUCCUAUGAUCUUCGGAAGACCUUUCUUGGCAACCUCAGGAGCGCUGAUUGAUGUACCGAAAGGCGAGUUGAUCUUACGGGUAGACGGGGAGCAAGCAAUUUUCAAGUUCUUUGAUAAAGAAGUCCCUUCACCUAUAAUUCAACCGCAAGAUCAAGUCUACUAUAUUAGUGUAAGUGGGAUGAAAGCAUACACAGACACUACUCAGGAUGCUGAUAGAAAUGAUAUUGCACCUACUACUGAAAUUGAUGAGGAUUGA